UCCUCUGAUUCCCUGGCCCCUCUCCUCCUAUUUGCAAACUGCUUUGCAUUUAAGCAUUUAACUCCAAAUCGGCUUUUAGCCUCAUUCCACCCCUCCCCCUUGUAUCUCUCCCCUCUCCUAGAGAUCCGCAUACCUCUGUACAACACACAGGAGAGAAGACAGAGGCAGGUAGAAUCUCAGGAGCAGAAAGGGGAACUGAGGAGAGAGGAGGAAAAGACAAUGUGAUAAGGGAGGGGAGAGAGUAAUAGAUAAAGGAGAGUAACAGAUGCAGGGGAAGGGGAGAAAGUAACUGACAGUAGUAACUGGCAGUAGGAGACCACCGGGGAAGAACAGAGGAAGACUAGAGAAGAUAGUGUCCGCCAGGGCAAGAGAGAAUCCAAAGAAGAAGAGGAGUGAUAAAGUCCAAACAUUGGGUGGAGAGUAACAGGUAUUAGUAGAGAGAGUUGGAGAACGGAGGAGGAGGAGGGAGUAACUGAGGGAGAACUGGAGCAGGUGGAGAGUAACAGCCCCAGUAGGAGAGAGUAACUGGCAGGUGUAAGUGACCCAGAAAAGCAUAAGAACCAGUGAGAAAGGAACAGAAGAAGAAGAAGGAGUAAAGGACUGCCAACAACUGAGUGAGGAACCCUUUCUCCAUUACCUUGCCGUCCCUUCAGGAAGCCAGGAAACAAUGUGCAGAUACAACCAUAGAACAGACUACCGGGGGAAUGGAGGUGGUGGGCCGCAUCCAGUUGCGCACAAGACGGACGCUACGUGGUCACUUGGCUAAAAUCUAUGCCAUGCACUGGUCAACAGACUCUAGACUUCUUGUUAGCGCUUCUCAAGAUGGAAAACUUAUCGUGUGGGACACAUACACCACAAACAAGGUCCAUGCUAUCCCUCUGCGUUCAUCGUGGGUGAUGACCUGCUCCUAUGCCCCCUCGGGUAACUUUGUUGCAUGUGGUGGGCUGGAUAACAUGUGCUCCAUCUACAACUUGAAGACACGUGAAGGGAAUGUGAGAGUGAGCAGGGAGCUUGCGGCACACACAGGUUACCUUUCCUGCUGCCGAUUUCUCGAUGACAAUCAAAUUGUGACCAGCUCAGGAGACACAACAUGUGCUCUAUGGGACAUUGAGACAGGACAGCAGAAGACGGUGUUCACAGGUCACACAGGCGACUGUAUGAGCUUGGCCGUCUCUCCUGAUUUUAACCUGUUCAUUUCCGGUGCUUGUGACGCCUCCGCUAAACUGUGGGAUGUGCGACAGGGUGAAUGCAGGCAGACUUUCACCGGACACGAGUCUGACAUCAACGCUAUUUGUUUCUUCCCCAGCGGUCAGGCAAUAUGCACGGGAUCUGAUGACGCCACGUGUCGCAUGUUUGACUUGCGUGCAGACCAGGAGAUCAGCGUGUAUUCACAGGACAGCAUUAUAUGUGGUAUCACUUCAGUGUCCUUCUCCCUCAGUGGGCGCCUCCUUUUUGCUGGAUAUGAUGACUUCAACUGCAAUAUCUGGGACACUCUAAAGCGCGAGCGAGUUGGUGUCCUUUCCGGCCACGAUAACCGUGUGAGUUGCCUUGGAGUUUCUGCGGAUGGAAUGGCUGUAGCCACAGGGUCAUGGGACAGCUUCCUGAAGAUCUGGAAUUAAACAGAAAUUAGAAAGGCACAGACCUCCUAUCACCUCCCACCUCUAUAUAUCACAGACUAUCCCUCCAGUAUCUCCAGUCCUACCACUUUCUUGCAGAGCAUUGGUACAGAUCUGCAGUCGCUCCAGUAUCUCUCCUUCUACCAUAGUUCUGCAGAGCAUCAGCGAGAUCUGAAGACCAUUACUCCACCAUCCGAUCCCUCCUAGCACAACCCUGCAGGGCACAGGCAGACUAUCCUUCCAGUAUCUACCCUCCCAAAUAAAAUAUAUUUGAAGAUAGAAAGAACUUUUAAUAUAUAGUGCAACAAUUGUUAGUUAAUUUCAGUAUAUACAUUAGGGAUAUUCAGCCUGUGGGCCUUCGCUUGCCAUUAUAAUUAUGGCAUGUUGGGAGUGAGGGCUGCAGGUUCUACAUCCCUGAUAUAUAUAUAUAUCUAUUAAUAGAUCAAAUCCAGGAUUGGCUUUGGGAGUGCUCAGCCAAACGGAGUCCCAGUCCAAGUCAUUUGUACCUUGUACAUUUCAGGAUACUGCCGACCCUCCCCAGAUCAUUCCUUAGCCUCUAGCUCAGUGAUCUCCAACCCGUAGCUCAUGAGCAACAUGUUGCUCUCCGACCCCUUAGAUGUUGCUCCCAGUGGCCUACAAGCAGGUGCUACUUUUUGAAUAAAAGCAUUUAUUGCAUAAAAACUAUAUGUACUGCCAAACAGAGCCUCCUGGUGGCUUUAGGUUCACAUAGGAGCUACCAAUACCCAAUCACAGCCCUUAUUUGAAAGCCCCAGGAACUUAUUGCAUGCUUAUGUUGCACUCCAACAUUAUUUUACACUUGAAUGUGGCUCACAAUUAAAAAAAUGUUGGGGACCCCUGCUCUAGCUGAUGGAGCAUGUUGGGGGUUUCCAAAAUGCAAUGCCUGAAAUGACCUAGGCUGAUGGUACCUGGAGCAAAACCCUUUUGAUACCCCCCUUGCCAGUGUCCUUUAGAGUAUCUCUGCAUUAACCUUUACCCUUUGUUAGAUAUACCCUCAUGCCAGACAAUCACCCACUUCUAAUGUAGAAACUGCCAGGGAGAAUCUGUGCUAGCCGUGUGUAAAUCUAUUUAUUAUGCUCACUUCUGUCCUUUGUCACUUUUACAAUAAGUUUGUGUUUUAUAGAAAGAAAUAAGAAUAAAAUAUAUUUCAGGGCA